AGGGUUGAGGGAUGCUUGGGCAUGUCUUGCUCAGCGUGAUAUUUUUCUCGCAAGAGUUUGCAUGGAUAGCAAGCGUGUCGUUGAACCAAGCAGUUAAGGUGGCUCAGAAGAACAAUCAUCAAAAUAUCUCUGUUCUUCUAGAUAGUCUUCUUAGUGGCUACGAUAAUAGUAUUAGACCGGAUUUUGGUGUAAUUCAUGAAUUUCCAUCUACGCAGCAGGAUUGGCUGGAAGUAGCAAAUGGAUUUGAACAAAAAUGGCAAUUUAUAAACUGUGGAGGAGCUCUGGAUGGCAAGCAUAUUCGUAUUGUACCUCCUCCUCAUUCAGGAGCACAAUACUAUAACUAUAAAAAUUUUUAUAGUAUCAUUUUAAUGGCUCUCGUCAAUGCUGACUACGAAUUUAUUUUUGUCGAUGUAGGCAAAAAUAGAAGAUUAUCUGAUGGAGGAGUAAUUGAAAGCACCAAAUUUUAUCAUAAGUUAAUUCAUGGCCAGUUACAUCUGCCAAAUAACACAGACACAGAAAAUAAUUUCAAUUUUGUAUUUUUGGGCGAUGAAGCAUUUUCUGUACAUGAAAACUUUUUAAAACCGUAUCCUCAAAGAGAUCUUUCUUAUAGUAAAAUAAUUUUUAACUAUAGACUAUCACGAGCGAGAAAUGUUUCGGAAAAUGCAUUUGGCCUGAUAGCGGCAAGAUUUAGAAUUCUGCAUACACCAAUACAUAUGAAGAACCCGGAAAACAUCUGUUACGUUGUACUUGCUAUUUGUUCUCUUCACAAUUUUCUUAGGAAGCGUGAUACUUCUUAUACAACAUCAACAUCAUUUGAUCAAGAAAAUCUGAUAACUAAAGAGUUACAGGUGGGUGAUUGGAGAAAAAAUGCCGUUAAUAUGACAAAAUUAGAAAGUCGUAACAAAAAAGUAGCUACCAUAGCUGCGAAAACUAAUCGAGAUAAUUAUACAAGUUAUUUCAAUUCAGAUGGAAAAGUUGAUUGGCAGGAUGAAAUGUUGGCCAAAGGAAAAGCUUAA